UUCAUGGUGAGGAGCGAGGCAGAGAGAUCAGAUGAGCUUCUCUCCGUUUUUCUUUUGAACUUAACCGACUUUUCCUCCUCGCAGGUCACGUUGUCCAUUUACGCGCAAAACUUUUCAGUGACUUCUUCCAACAAGUGUUGACAUGGUUUCAUUCUUCCGGACACGGAGGUCAUUAAUGGGAUUUCUCUUUCCUCUGCUUCACCUGAGGACAGGCGGACAGUGAGCCGUAGGGCCUCUGGAGGCUGGAUGGACGACAUGUCUCCACAGCAGCAACAGGAGAGCCUCAGUCGAGGCGGCGGGCAGCAAGAGAACAGACGGCGGAUGAAGUCUCAGAGUUAUCGGCGCCAGUCCGCCCCGUGUCUGGUCAUCACCAAGGCUCUCACCAGGUCCAAGACUCUGUCCAGAGAGAGCUUCGUGGCUCCCGUGUGCCCAGAGACCAUCCCACUGGUCCAGUCCUUCCUCACCGGCCCCGAUCGGUCGUUUCUCCUGCACGGACAUGCUCAGCUCAAGACCGGGAUGCAGACUCAGGACAGACACCUCUUCCUGUUCACUGACACACUGGUGAUUGCCAAAGCCAAAUCGGCCAACCACUUCAAGCAGAAAGCCCAGGUGCGUGUGUGUGAGAUGUGGACGGCGGGCUGCAUGGACGAGGUGUGCGAGGGGAGCACCAACGCCGAGAGGAGCUUCGUCAUGGGUUGGCCCACGUGCAACUACGUGGCCAUGUUUAGCUCCGCGGAACAGAAAGAGAAAUGGCUCUCCCUCCUCAAAAGCCGAAUAAAAGAAGAGAAGGAGCGAGAGGAGCCUAAAACCAUUCCUCUGAGGGUGUACGGGAAGGGAAUCAAUACGUUCGCCGUUACCAAGACGCUUCCUGUCAGCAACUCCGAUUCAACCAACGAGGUGGUCCGACUGGCCCUGCAGCAGUUCAGCAUCAUAGGAAAGGUGAAAGACUUCCAGCUGUGGGUCAUCUCCAAGAGGGACAACGCCCCCUAUCCUCUGAUCGGUCACGAGUUUCCCUUCAGUAUCCAGAUGAGUCAUGUGAGACACACGACGUCUCAGGGCGGCGGCGCUGCACCACCUGCGGACAGACAGAGGGCCAUGCAGGUGGAGCAGCUGCAGGUGUGCAAGCAGUGCCAGUUCAUCCUAAAGCCUCGACCCCUUGAGACGCUGCACGUUUCUGCAGAGUUGCCUCAGAAGCCAUUCAAAAGGAGGCGUUCCCUCAUCACCUGGGCGUUCUGGCGAGGCUCCUCCUCUCACCUGAACGAGCUGACCCUCGGCACGGCCCGCGGCUGCCUGUUCGGCCAGCCGCUCAGCUCUGUCUGCGUGGAGGACGCUCUGCCCAAGCCCGUCAUGGACAUGCUGGCGUUUCUGUACAGCGAGGGUUCAUGGACGCGGGGGAUCUUCCGUCGGCCGGCAGGGGCUCGGGCGGUCCGGGAGCUGCGGGACUCUCUGGACAGCGGAGAGCUCCAACUUCCUCUGACGAGAGACCACAUCUUCAUCAUUGCCGGAGUCUUUAAGGACUUCCUGCGCAGCAUCCCGGGCAGCUUGCUGUGUUGUGAGCUGUAUGAAGAGUGGAUGGACGUGCUGGAGGAAGAAGAGGAGGAGGAGGAACAAGUGCAGGACAUACAGAGGAUGAUUUGCCGCCUGCCCAAAGAGAACGCCCUGCUGCUGCGCUACCUGCUGGCCAUGCUGCACGGCAUCCAGGGCAACGCCCAGGAGAACCAGAUGACCAGCUUCAACUUGUCAGUGUGCAUCGCUCCCAGCAUGCUUUGGCCUCCUGGAGCGCCCUCUAGCCCUGAGGUGGAGGGGGAAGGAACGAAGAAGGUUUGCGAGCUGGUGAAGUUCAUGAUCGAACGCUGUCGGCAGAUUCUGGGAGAGGAUCCGUCCUCCCUGUACGGAGGGCCGCCACAAAGACUCAACGCUGACGACAUGGGGUCAGACUCCUGGCUGUACCCUCUGACGGACUCGUCUUACGACAGUCUGGAGAACGAGCUGGACGACAGCAGCGGAGGCUCGCCGGGCUUCUGCGGCAGAAGGCACCUUCGAGCCAAACCACGACAAGGCAGCCUGGACUCCAUCCUCACAUUCAGCGACGACGACCAAGACACAGACCCGGACCCGGACACGCACCAGACCCAACCCGACAGUCUGCACGGCCUCAAGGUGCGCCCUCUGAGCAGAACCAGAGGCCCGAGGCAGGACCUCUCCUGCCCCAGCCGGGACGCACCGACUGUGGACACCUCCCCCACCCCGGACUCACUGUCCCUGGAUGGUCGGCACAGACAGCGGCGGCGCUCAGAGCCGGCCAUAGCGUACGUGACCAAGUUCGGGCCGUGCGUUUCGGGGAGCAAUGAGGGUCUCACUGGUGAGGAUGAAGACGGUGACGAAGAGAAGCCUAGCAGCCGCACGCUCGCUCACGCACGCUCCAGAGGUGAGACGGGGAGGGGUGGAGCCGAGUCCACGUUCAACCUACGUGGUGUGAGGUCAACAGCUCUUGAGGCGAGCUCCUCCAGCCUCUCUUCCACCCCCACCUCCCCUGCACCAACCCGCUCCCCCCUGGACUCUCCUGACUCCCUCAGCAGCGACCACACAACCAGGCGGGGGCUUUACCCAAACAAGGCACACCUGCCCUCCUCCUCUUCAUCUGUUCCCUCCUCCAUCCCAUCUACGCCCUUCACCACAACCUCUGCUCUGACCUCUGGAGGACAUCCAGACCUGGGGACUUGUCCAAAAGGCUCCCCGCCAAAAGAACCGCUCAACUGGGGGACCUUAAAAGGCUGCAGGGGCCUCCACCCAAACUCUUGGCUGAAGAAAGGGCGGAGGCUGUCGCUAACACAAACAGACAACUUGGAGAAGGAGGACGAGGACAAGACUGCGGGAGGGGCCACCAAUAAGCCGCUCACGCUUGGGAAGCUCAUCCCAGAGAAAGGAAGAGCAGGCGAAAGGGGAGGAGGAAAACUGAUCUCCAGCAGCCAACCCAAGCCCAGAUCAUCCUCCAGAACCCCAAAAGACGCAGGAGGAGGGGGCCACGUAAAGGGAAGGCCGAGCCAGGAGUCCCACAAGUCCAAACACCUUCAACAGGACUCAUCCAGCCCCCCUUCACACCACCGCUCUACAGGGAGUCUCCAAUUUCCCAAAUCCCCCUGGUUUCAUUCCUCAGACUCCCCGCUAUCUGUCAGGCAGCUCAGUGACAUCCGUGCCGACGGCGGGGGUGUCCCCGCCAAACAAGUGAAUGAGCUGAAGCAGCAGUCGCCGUCUUUAUUUUACAAGCAGAGGGGGCCGUCUCUGUCCCUGUUCAAGCAGAACAAGUCUCACUCUGUGGAAGAGCAGUGCAACCCCAGGCAGUACCAGCGCCGGGGGUCGGAGCCCGGCCGGCAAGCCGUGGACCGAGCCUCCGCGCUCACGCGGGCAAGGCUGCCCAGCGACCCGGGACUGAAGGCCACCGAGGCGGAUCCGCAGGGCGGGACGGCAGAGGCCCGUUUCUGCCUCUCCCCCUACGCCACCAAAGCGGUGAGGGACUACUUCUCCUCUCACCCGUGCAGCAGCCCCCAGAGCAGCCAGCAGGUGGCGCUCGCCCUGGUGGAGAGUCGCAGGGAAUGGCUGAAGAGAUGCAGCGAUCCCGCGGCGGAGCCAGACUUCGACCAGCUCCUGUUUGCUGAAGAGUCCUACGUCUGACUGUGACUGGAGGCAAAACACAAAUCACUUCAGCACAGCAGACGCCAGAAACACACGACUUCACUGCUGUUCUCAACCAACGAAUACAGCUAGUAGUUAUCAUACAGUUAAAAAUGACUGCUUUCAGUGUUUCACUAGACGACUCAGCUCACUCAGUCUGUAACAGGACUUGACAUUCAGUUGGUUUGCUGUGGUAGAACAAACUAAGAAAACUAGUUUCACUCAAGACCGUCUACAUUUUUUAAACAAAUUAAGGAAAGAAGCACAUUUUAAACUUUGCCUAGAGCUUACUGCCAUUAAGGGAAUGUAAACAUUUGUCUUGAAUGUCCUGAAGGCUGGAUUUACACGUGCAGAAGGAAUAUUACUCUUCUAUAACCUUAUUUAUAUUGAACUAAUACAUUUAUCAGAGUCUCAGCAGAUGGAUUGUCUUUCAAACGAUAUCAGGCCAAAGUUGAAACCUGCCAAUUAAAACUACCUGGUGUUGCCUUCUUUCGUCACGAAUGAGUUGAAUCUCUCUCGUAAUUUUAUUGGCCGACAGCUAACUGUAACUUAGAGCUGCGCUAUGUUUGGACACAUAAGCCUGUUUAAUGCUACGUGCUGUAAAGGUUCUGUAUGGACAACCUACAGAUUGUGGGCAACAUAUAGCAACGCCUCCUGCAACGUGCAUGUUCAUAUGCAAUUGUUUUGCGUGCUGUAAUAUGUUGGCGGUGAAACAAAUUGCCACAAAAACACACAUUACAGCGUCGCUGUGCAUCCUGCAAACAGCUGCGUUUUAAAAAAUGAGCUGCGUCAAGAUCCUCACGUCUCGAGGCAGAGGAAACACUGCUGCUUACGUCUGCAGGGGCAAAAUUGGUAUUUCAUUAAAACAUGAAAGCACAAUAUUUGCAUCUGAACAUGAUUCAGAGGAGGCAUUAUGGGAUGUAAGUAGGAAAUGUGGUUGUUUUCUUUUAUGCAGCCUGGGUACACAAAGUGAACAGCUUAUAAAGAUGCUCACACAGUCAUGAUUACAGUUUAGAUUCAGAAGCAUCACUUCAUGUUAGCAUCUUAAACAAAAAGGUUCCAGGUUGAGUUUUGUAGAUUAAGGUCAUGUGAUUUAUAAUCAUUUAGCAUUUUAAUGGAAACUAUCGAGCUCUGGGCUUUAUUUUGUCUCGACUGAUGUUCGUACAGCUUUUUGCCAACUGCUGUGUUUGAGGUCUUUAAACACUCAUUAUAAAAUCAAGUUUCUUUAUGUUAUGCACAUUUCCAAUGCUUCUCAGCAGUAGCACUUAAAUUACAUGCGCUCCAGGUUUGUAGUCUGCUCCUCGUUUUCUAUUUGUUGCCAACGAUGUGGUUUCCACACAAGCCUGUAUUGAUUUCAGUUAAUCACCUGCAUCCUCUCCCAGUAUUUCUAUUAUGUAAAUAUGAUCCCUCCAGGGGAAAAUGAGUACAUUCGUAUUUAUCAAGCUUUAUAUUUUAUGCAGCUCAAAACUCUGUUUAAAUAGGCCACAAGACUAUCGCUGUCUUCUACUGUCUAUACCUCCUUUCUAUAUGUAUUCAUACGCUUUGUUAAUAAAUAAUAAUAUCUGCAUUUGCA